AAGCCUUAUAAGCUAUAUUCAAACUUGCUAUAGACAACAUGUCUUCCAUUAACACUUGUUUCUAUGUUAUAGUUUCUAUUCUUUCUCUUUUGGCUUUUUCAAGCAAUGCAAACCUUUCUCCCUACUUUUAUGCCAGAACUUGCCCCAACCUUCAAACCAUAGUCAACAAUACAAUGAAACAAGCCAUUGCCACAGAACCUAGGAUUGGUGCCUCUAUUCUUCGCUUGUUUUUUCAUGAUUGCUUUGUACAAGGCUGUGAUGCAUCAAUUCUAUUGGACGACACUGCAACAUUCAUAGGAGAGAAAACUGCAUUUCCUAACAUAAAUUCAGUGAGGGGCUUCGAAGUUAUUGAUAACAUUAAACACAACGUUGAAGCUGCUUGCAAUGCCACUGUGUCUUGUGCUGAUAUUCUUGCACUUGCCGCAAGAGAUGGAGUAGUGCUCCUAGGAGGACCCUCAUGGAAAGUGCCUCUUGGAAGAAGAGAUUCAAGAACAGCAAAUAAGAGUGCAGCCAACAGAGACCUCCCUUCACCUUUCUUAAACCUCUCCGCCCUGAUAACCUCGUUUGCACACAAAGGUCUGACAGCAAAGGACCUAACAGCGCUCUCAGGAGGCCACACAAUUGGCCAAGCACAGUGCCAAUUCUUCAGAACUCGCAUAUACAACGAAACCAACAUUGAUCCUAACUUUGCCACCACAAGAAGGGCCACUUGUCCUGUUUCUGGAGGGAACACCAACCUGGCCCCUCUUGACACCGUCACACCAACCCAUUUUGACAACAAUUACUACACUAACCUUGUGAACCAACGUGGCCUUCUCCACUCUGACCAAGUGCUUUUCAAUGGUGGCUCUCAAGAUUCCCUUGUGAGUAGCUACAGUGGCAAUUCUGCUGCCUUUUUCAAGGACUUUGUUGUUGCCAUGGUGAAGAUGGGCAACAUUAGUCCUCUCACUGGGACCAAUGGGGAGAUCAGAAGAAACUGCAGGGUGGUGAACUGAUAAUAGUAUGGCAAUAAUAAUAGUAAUAAUGAUCAUCAUCAUCGUGAUGGUGCUUAUGUUUGUGUAGCUAAUAUUCACCAUAAUAACAAGAGGACCCAUCAGCAUGGUGUUAUAAGUAACGUGUUUUAGACAUGAAGAAAAAAGGUUGUGGUCGAAAGUUGACUAUAUAUUUGGUGUAUCGUGGGUUAUAAUUAUUAAUGGUAGUUUUUUUUCCUUUUUAUGAUUUACUUGUUAAUUUCUAGCUUUUAAAGUUUUAUUU